UCAGCUACUGACCAUGUCAGAGUUCCAGGAUGCUCACCUGGCAGAGGUGAAACCUCUGGUGGAGAAGGAAGAGGCUAUCACUCGCCUCCUUCCAGACUUUGAUGUUCAGGAGCAAGAUGUGGAGACUGUGCAUGGCUCAGUCCAUGUCACCAUGUGUGGGACACCCAGAGGGAACCGACCGGCUAUCCUCACCUACCACGACAUUGGGCUGAAUCAUAAAACUUGCUUCAAUCCUCUCUUCAACUUUGAGGACAUGCAGGAAAUCACCCAGCACUUUGCAGUCUGCCAUGUGGAUGCACCUGGUCAGCAGGAUGGAGCACCAUCUUUCCAGACUGGGUAUGUGUAUCCCUCCAUGGAUCAGCUGGCUGAAAUGCUUCCUGGAAUCCUGAAACAGUUUGGGCUGAAGACCGUUAUAGGAAUGGGAACUGGAGCCGGUGCCUACAUCUUAACCAGAUUUGCUUUAAACCAUGCAGAGAUGGUGGAGGGAUUAGUUCUCAUUAAUGUAAACCCUUGUGCUGAAGGCUGGAUGGACUGGGCAGCAACUAAGAUUUCAGGUUGGACAAAUGCUUUACCAGACAUGGUCAUUUCACAUCUUUUUGGAAAGGAAGAGAUUCACAGCAACCAUGACCUGAUCCAUACAUACCGUCAGCAUAUUAUUAAUGAUAUGAAUCAAACCAACCUUCAUCUCUUUGUCAACUCUUACAACAG